AUGAUUCGUUGGCUUGACCCGGAUGCUCACGGUGCCUUGGAAAAGGAGUUCCUGUACAAGGUGUCUGCUUCUGUUGCAGAUAUUACUCAGGAUCUUUGCGGAGGCGUCGCGCUUGGUCAGGAUAAUGACUCGCUGGCCCUUGUUGGACUCACGACUCCUUACCAGGAAGAUACCGACGGAGUUAUAGUUCGAUGGGACGAGUUCAAAAGAAAGCCAUCGGAUCAAUUUGAUGCCCAGACGCUCCUCCCUCUGGGCCUAUUCCUCAAGACCGACGUGACUGGGCGUGAUUCGAGCAAGUGGCGCGUCAUGGGAUGGUACUACAACGACAUUUUCUAUGCUGACACCAACGCAUUUCGAGCUGCAUACCAAAGCCCAAAUUUUCAACGGUUGGAGCCAAAUGUGGAAGGUGACUGGGCUCGAACGGAUCGUCAAGGGCCACCAUUACGGCACGACCUAUUGCAACCGCCCAAUAUGCUGCAUCCUAAUGGGCAGACACGUUUCUCGGUGGACAAUGAACAGCAGUAUGUGGAGUGGAUGGACUUCAGCUUUUACAUCGGAUUCUCGCAUGAUACUGGUAUGUCGCUGUACGACAUUCGGUACCGAGGUGAACGGGUGCUGUAUGAGCUGGGCUUGCAGGAGAUCCUAGUACACUACGCAGGAUCCGGCCCAUACGAAUCAGGCCAUGUUUCUCAUGACUCGCAUGUUGGCAUUGGUCGAUAUGCCCUUCGUCUGGUACCUGGCUAUGACUGUCCUUCAUACGCAACAUUCAUGGACACGCGAAGCCAUUCCGGAGGUGGAACCAACGGCCGACGCAAUUCCAUCUGUAUCUUUGAGUACAUGGCGGACUCGCCAAUCCAGCGACAUACGGCCUUCACUUACUUGUCUAUCACGAACAACGUUUAUCUAACUGUUAGAACGGUCAGCACCAUAGCCGAUUAUGACUAUGUUAUCAGUUACAAAUUCUACAUGGACGGAUCCAUUGGGGUGGAAACGGAGGCUUCAGGAUAUAUCAUCGCAGCCCAUCGAGCUCACAACCAGGACUACGGAUAUAACAUUCACGAUCAUCUGUCAGGUUCCAUGCACGAACAUGUCAUCAACUUUAAAGCAGACUUUGAUAUCUUAGGGACUCGAAAUACGGUUCGAAUUGUGCGGAACGUCCCGGUCAAGCAAGUAUAUCCCUGGUCCAACGGGAAAAUGCGGAGCACGAUGCAGCUCCAGCGGUCAUUCAUCAUCAAUGAGGAUGAAAGCCGCUUGAAUUGGGAUGACAGCACGGCUCAGAAGCAAUUGGUGAUUGUUAACCAAGACGCUGUUAACGAGUAUGGUGAAACGCGUGGCUACCAGCUCGUCCCGGGGCAGCCAGCAGCGGCACUUCACUCCCGGCUUACGGCCGUGAACACCCAGCAUGACACGGAGCCAAGAUCAGCGUACCCUUUCAACGCCCAUGACCUCUUCAAUCCCCCAAUCGACUUCGACCGGUUCUUCGAUGGUGAGGACCUCAAUCAGACAGACCUCGUCGUAUGGUUCAACUUGGGCAUGUAUCAUCUACCGCACUCUGGCGAUCUUCCCAACACUCUUACCACCACAGCCCAUGCGGGUGUGAAGAUUGUACCAGUCAACUUUUUCUCAUUGGAUCAGACCCGCCGCACGGUGAACCAGGUCCGGAUGGAUUUUGGAAAAGGGAGAGUGUCCCAUGUGGAGACGUUCGGACGGUCGAUGAACCUUACUGAAUCAAUGGGAGGGAAUGGGUGCUGUUGGAUGAACGACCAGGUUUCGUUGGCCGAACUGUACAACUAUGACGGCCCGGUAGAUAAUUAG